GUUUCAAAAAGGAACAAGUGAGGGUUCAACUGACCAAAACAGGAAUUCUGAAGAUCAGUGGACAAAGGCCAGUUGCUGGACAGAACAAAUGGCUUAGGUUCCAAAAGGACUUUCCUGUCUCAGAAAAUUGUGACAAGACGAAAAUCAGUGCAAAGUUUGAAAAUGGCAUUCUUUAUGUCAAACAACCAAAGCUGAUAACUUCAUCAGAGAAAAAAGGUCAAGAACUGCCAAGCUCUGAUGCUCAACAGCCCAAGAAACCAGCGGAAGAGCCACAACCAACGCCUCAGAAGAAAGACGAAAAACAAACAAAAGACGAAAAAACACCAACAGCAACAGAAGAAUUGCCUAAACAGCAGACUAAUGCUGACAAGCCACAAAAAGAAGAACCAAACACAAAAGAGGCUAAAGAUUUUGCGGAAAAAACACCUGUUAAUCAGAAAACCGUUGCAAGUAACACAGUCAAAGAUGGAAAUAGACCGAGUUAUGAGAGUAAACUUGAAAAUGAUUCAAACAUAGGAGCUGCAGCUGUUCUAGCUGAGAAGCUGAAGAUGCCAAGAAAAGUGAUGAACAUGACUCUGAUUGCUCUUUUGGUUCUUGGGGUUGGCCUAUAUAUCAGCAAUAUGAUGAAGUCCAACAAUUACCAAGCUGAAGAAUGAUGUGUUUCACCCAGUAAUGAAGAACUCGAAGUUGGGAUAUUCGACAUUCCUCCCAGCUCAUAUGAGUGUGACUUAAGAGCUCACUGACUGCUAUUCCCUUUUUUCUCAUUGCAUUGCUGAAUUGUAUACAUGAAACAUCCGUUUCAAAAAUUCGUUUGAAUAAAAUAUGACAUACUAUGGUGUUCUGAUAUA